AUGGACAGGUCAGAAGUUAUGCAUCGUUUGUGGAAUCGGGACCUUGCUACUGUCCUGAACUUCCGACAUAUACUUAACAAUCUGAGAUAUGAUGGGACUAUACCUGUAAGGUUCACCCGCGUCAUUCGGAUUGGACGUAUCAGAAGACAAGCAGAAGAAGAUCUCCAGGAGGGUCGUCGACCCACCCGAGCUACCGCUGGGUAUUAUUCUCAAUUGGUCCUUCAGUUCUGGUAUCUGAAAUCUCAUCAUUUAGGAACUAGAUGA